AUGGUCAUUUUCAGCUCAGUCGAAAGCCCAAGAAGCAGAGUCCAUUGCAAUCUGGGAAACUUUCCUAACUCCCAGGGUUUUAACCCUCAGAUACAAUCUUUCAAAGAGUAUGGUUACCUUGACCGCUUAUCAAUUCCUGCAGCUAAGAAAGCUGAUAUCAAGACCAAGAUUGCCCUACUUCAGGAUCAAGUGAGAAAAGCGCAAAAGCAUGUUGCUGAAGAAAACAAACGUAAAGCUGUAUUAUUAACGGCUGAGAAGGCUGAUCUAGCUGUUUCAGAUGGGAAAUCUUUUUGCAUAUCUCACGUUAAUGUUGGCCUGGAUGUUGCAGCAGUUCGUGAGGCUGUUACAAAAGUCAUUGAUCAGAAGGGGUUGUCAGUGAUGGUUUUUAGCACUGAUGAAUCUACAAACAAGGCUGUAGUUUGUGCUGGGGUGCCGGAGAAAGGAGAUAAGGUAAGCUGGAUGUAUCAGAGUGGCUGA